CGGCCGGGGCUGGGGCUCCGCACUGGGGUGCGCGCUUUGGGCUCGGUGGAGCUCGCGGUGCCCGCGGCCGCGGCUCCCCGCCCGCUGCAGCCCUCGAGGCCCGGCUCGCUUCCCAGCGCGGAGGGCGAGCGGCUGCCGCAGCCAGCCCGCCGGGCAGCCCGCCCCAGGGCAGGCAGGGGCUGCGAGCCGCCGGCCCGGCCGGGCCCGCGUCGCCAUGGCGACGGUGCGGGGGUGCUGCCAUGGCGGAGACGGAGGGCAGCGGCGGCGAUCGCUCAGUAGCUGAACUUGAGAAAAAGAUUAUAGAAGCUUUUGAUGUGUUUGACCAUGAAUGCAAUAAAACUGUGGAUGUCAGAGAGAUUGGUUCAAUUGUCAGGUCCCUGGGUUGCUUCCCAACUGAAGCAGAACUACAUGAACUGCUUGCAAAGGUAGAAGAAGAACCACCAACUGGAUACAUUCAUCUGGAAAAAUUUCUUCCAGUGAUGACAAAAGUACUACUUGACAGAAGCUACCAGCCUAUUCCAGAAGAUGUUCUUCUACAUGCAUUUGAGACUUUGGAUGAGAAUAAAUGUGGAUAUAUUACUAAAGAGGACCUGGUCAAAUAUUUGACCAAAGAAGGUGAGCCCUUUACUCAGGAAGAAAUGGAGGACAUGCUCUCCACUGCUCUAGAUCCAGAAACAAAUACUGUUCGCUACAGAGACUACAUUUCAAAGAUGAUAGUAGAUGAAAGUUAACAUCUUCCCCUUUAGUGUUUGAGAUGCCUUUUGGUAACAGCAGUGUAGGUUGGCAGUUAGUUGAAAUAUGUAUUUUAAAGUAUAACAAGCUCAGCCUGUGACCUUGUGCUUAUAAUUAAAAUAAAAUCUGUGUAGCUUUAUUUCCUUGAA